UGCACUGGUCGCUUCCAUGUUUGAGGAAGUGUUGACGUUGAUUAUCUCCUGGAUGCGGUGGCUCGCGCUGAUUAUGAGGAGAUAUGAGUAGAUUAUGAGAGAUGUUUUUAGAUUUAUAGAGGAGUAAUGGGUGUUUCGGGGUUCACGGCUGUUCUGGGGGCGCUCGGCGGGCUUGAUAUCGGGAGCAGCGGCUCGUAAAGCCUCUGAGAGCGGUAGAAUGCUGUGCUGUGGUCCGAGCCCUCGGGCCGGUUAGCUGUAGCUGUAGUCAGUGUACGGAGCGGUCAGUCUGUUGGAGAUAAUUAUUACUAUAGAGUACUGUAGCUCUGUGUACCUGUGUUUAUAUGAAGCAGUUUGGUCAGGUUAGUUAACUUACAGUCCAGCAGAAACACGAUGGAUGAGAAGUACAGCAGUAAUGUAAUCUCCGGGGGGAAACUGGGGAGAGUUGAAGUGCCUAAUGCCAGGUUGACCAGAUAUAUAGUCCUACUUCUACUCACCAAGCUGUUGAAGGCUCUGGGAAUCUUUGAAUCCUAUGAUCUCCUUAAAGUUGUACAUGUUGUGCAAUUCCUUUUUAUUCUUAAAUUUGGGUGUGCAGUGAUUUUACUUUUCUUUCAAAAACCAUUCUCAUCAGGAAAAAUAGUCUCUAAAAGACAGUGGAUCAAAAUCCUCAAACAUGCUGUUAUCAGCUGCAUAAUCUCACUCAUAGGCUUUUUUGGGCUUACACUUUGUGGACCACUAAGGACGUUGCUGCUGUUUGAGCACAGUGAUGUGGUGGUCAUCUGUUUUCUCAGCGUUCUCUUUACCAGCUCUGGAGGAGGACCCUCUAAGACACGAGGCGCUGCUUUCUUCAUCAUUGCGGCCAUCUGUCUGCUGCUGUUUGAUAAUGAUGACUUAAUGGCAAAAAUGGCUGAACACCCGGAGGGUCAUCAUGACAGUGCCCUCACUCAUGCAUUAUACACAGGAAUUGCGUUUUUAGGUGUGGCCGACCAUAAGGGUGGAGUUGUGUUGCUGGUUCUGGCACUUUGUCUAAAGGUUGCCUUUAACACACACUCCAGAAAAUUGUCAGUGGAGCUCGGAGGAGCCAAGCGCCUCUAUGCUCUGUCAAACCUGGUCUCCUCUGUAGUGCUGCUGCCCUGGGUCAUUGUGCUGUCGGCCACCACCGAGAGCAAGGUGGAGUCCUGGUCCGCCCUGAUUCUGCCCUUCGCCAUGAUCAUUAUCUCAGUGAUGAUCCUUGACUUCUAUGUGGAGUCCAUCUGCAUGGCGAAGUUGGAGGCACCACGCUGUGCCCGCUAUGGCUCCAUCUUCCUGUUCCUGAGUGGCCUCCUGCUGGCCAACUUCUGGACACAUCCACUGACUGACCAGCUAAGAGCUAUGAGCAAGCCUGGUCAGCAGACCAGUACUGAGCAUGUGCUCUCUGGGGGAGUGCUGGUCAGCGCUUUCUUCUUCAUCAUGUCUGACAGUAUAUUAUCCUCUCCCUCCAAAAAAGGACAGAAAGGUACACUGGUGGGAUAUUCACCAGAGGGAAUCCCUCUGUAUAACUUGAUGGGAGAUGCCCUGCAGCACAGCUCCCAGUCUCUACCUCGCUUCAUCAAAGACUCACUCAAACAGAUCCUGGAGGAGUACGAUUCCCGGCAAAUCUUCUACUUCCUCUGUCUCAACCUGGCCUUCACAUUUGUGGAGCUCUUCUAUGGUGUGUGGACCAACAGUCUUGGCCUGAUAUCAGAUGGCUUCCAUAUGCUGUUUGACUGCUCUGCUCUGGUGCUGGGACUGUUUGCUGCACUAAUGACCAGAUGGAAAGCAACUAGAAUAUACUCCUAUGGGUAUGGACGUGUUGAGAUCCUUUCUGGGUUCAUUAAUGGCUUAUUCCUCAUGGUCAUAGCCUUCUUUGUGUUUGUGGAGUCCAUCUCCAGACUCAUAGACCCUCCGAACAUCAACACGGUCAUGUUAGCGCCUGUGUCUGUGGGUGGACUGCUUGUGAAUUUAGUGGGCAUCUGUGCCUUCAGCCAUGCCCACUCCCAUGGGGCUUCUAAGAGCAGCUGCUCAGGCCAUGAGCAUGGUCACUCGCAUCACGGACAUGGGCACGGAGAACACGGCCAUGGAAGCCACGGACACAGCCAUGGGGGCCACGGCCAUUCUCACAGCCAUGGUCAUUCCCAUGGCUCUGGAGGAAGUGGCAUGAAUGCUAAUAUGAGAGGUGUCUUUCUGCACGUCCUGGCCGAUACAUUGGGCAGUGUUGGGGUCAUCAUAUCUACAGUGCUCAUCAGUCAGUUUGGCUGGCUGAUAGCAGACCCCAUAUGUUCCCUGUUCAUCGCCACACUCAUCUUUCUGAGCGUCAUUCCCCUGUUAAAGGAUGCCUGUGAAGUCCUCCUGCUCAGGAUUCCACCUGAGAAUGAGAAGGACCUCAACUUUGCUCUGGAAAAGAUCCAGAAAAUAGAAGGUGUUUUGUCGUACCGUGACCCACACUUCUGGAGGCAUUCCGCCAGUGUUCUGGGUGGAACUAUUCAUCUGCAGAUCAUGUCCGAUGUGGUGGAACAGAGAAUAAUUCAGCAGGUAACCUCGGUACUAAAGGAUGCGGGUGUGAAUAAUCUGACGGUGCAGGUGGAGAAGGAGGCCUAUUUUCAGCACAUGUCUGGCCUCAGCACAGGAUUCCACGAAGUUCUGGCAAUGACACAACAGAUGGAGUCCAUGAAAUACUACAAAGAUGGCACAUGUAUCAUGUAAACAGUUGUAUAUGUAAAUGAUUUUUUUUCUUUAAUUAAAACAAUUUUACUUGUG